CCAAUAAAGUUGCCACAAUCAUUCUUGAUAUAAGUGAAGCAUCUAUGGAUGAAUCAGAUUCUGUCUCCUAUAAUGUGGAAACUUCUGCCUUAGGCUCAGAUGCUAAAAAGCCUGAGGCAGAUAUUUCAGUGGAUGCUGCUACCAAGGAGCAGCUUUCUACCUCGUCUGACUCCAUUGAUGGAUCCAAACCUUUUCACCCAGAGGCCAUGGUUGACCGGACCAGUGGUCUGGAGAUGAAGGAAACAGGAAAGGAGACGGACACAGCCGGGGACUCUUUAACUCAACAAUCAAGUGAAUCAACUACCGAUCAGGAGAAUAAUAGCAGAUUUACUGCAACAACACCAACAAGUUCCAUAGUUGCCCCAGUAUCUCCUGACAAGGUGGAAAUACUGGACCUUCAAGCAACAGACAGUCAGUUAGCAGAAAAUAAAGUUGAGUUGAUAGAUUUUGGAGAGCAACCAGGAAUUACAACUUCAGGGAAAAUGGAACCUAUUCAAGACUCAUUUGACUCAAACAACCACGGGAAAUGUGAAGAAAUUGAAACAUCAAGUCAAAGUGGAGAAGCAGCUCUCUCAGUAAAGGAGGACAAAGAAGAACCUGGUACUGCUGUAGUGGAACUAGAACCUUAUAUGUCAACCAAACAAGAGAUAGAAAGUCCUGAGGACUUGGAUGGAAAUAAGGCAUCCAUCGCUAGCCAAGUAAUCACUGCAAAGACAGAGCAUGACGAUGCAGACAAUCAAUCUGUUAUAGAACAAUUUAGUGAACAAGGCAAGAAAAAUGAAAUCCAAAUACUUGAAGAUCAGGCUCUAGAAACCAAUAAAGUUGCCACAAUCAUUCUUGAUAUAAGUGAAGCAUCUAUGGAUGAAUCAGAUUCUCUCUCCUAUAAAGUGGAAACUUCUGCCUUAGGUUCUGAUGCUAAAGAGCUAGAGGCAGAUAUUUCAGUCAGUUCUGUAAUGACUAAUCUAGAGUCUGAGAAUGGACCAAGAGAGUCUUCAGAACAAAUGGUUACCCAGGAUCCAAAAAGAGACAUGGAUGCUGCUACCAAGGAGCAGCUUUCUACUCCCUCUGACUCCAUUGAUAGUUCCAAACCUUUGCACCCAGAGACAAUGCUUGAAUGGACCAGUGAUCUGCAGAUGAAAGUAACAGAAGAACUACCAACAAAUAUUGACAUGUCAGAUAAUAAUUCUGUUGUAGAACAAUUCCGUGAACUGGGUGAAAAUAGUGGACAAAAAAUCGUUGAGGAUCAGGCUCUAGAAACCAAUAAAGGUGCCACAAUCAUUCUUGAUAUAAGUGAAGCAUCUAUAGAUGAAUCAGAUUCUCGCUCCUAUAAUGUCGAAAAAUGUACCUUAGGCUCAGAUGCUAAAGAGUUUCAGGAAGAUAUUUCAGUCAGUUCUGUGAUGCUGUAUCAGGAAUUUGAGGUUGGACCAAGAGAGUCUCCAGAACAAACAGUUGUUCAGUGUUCAGGAAGAGACGUGUAUGCUGCUAUCAAGGAGCAGCUUUCUUCUCCCUCUGAAUACAUUGAUGAUUCCAAACCUUUGCACCCAGAGGUCAUGGUUGACUCAACCAGUGGCCUGGAGACGAAGGAAACAGGAAAGGAGCCGGACACAGCAGGGGCCUCUUUAACUCAACAAUCAGGUAAAUCAACUACUGAUCAGGAUAAUUAUAACUUCUUUUCAGCAACAGAAUCAACAAGUCCAGUAGUUCCGCCAGUACCUUCUGACAAGGAGAAAACAUCAGACCUUAAAGCAUCAGAUAGUCAGAUAGCAGAAGAUUAUGGUGAGGAGCAGCCGGGACUUACCACCAUUCCAUACAUGGAGUCUGAGAAUACACCCAAAGACUCUCCACAACAAACAAUUCCUCUGUGUCCAGAAAGACCACCAGACCCAGCUUCCAAAGUUCAGUCCCCCACUGAUUAUACAGCUGCUCCCAAUUUAACGGAUUAUAUCGAGAAUUUAUGGAGAAACACAGAAGAAACGAAGAAGAGAUAUUUGACUCUUGAUUUUCCUGGUAUGGCAGUCAGUCAGACAUGUGAGCUAGAGCUAAAGCAGCUGGAAAAAGAUGCUGAGGGCAACAGUCAUUCCAAUGGGGUUAAUUCUGCUGAGCGUACUCUUGCUUUUUCUUUAGAGGGAAAGGCAGAACUAAAAGAAAUAAUCCCCACUGAGGAGGAAAAUGUAAAACUAAACCACACCAUAAGUGAGCAAAAUGAGUGUGAGCAGGAAAUAUCACAGGGAAGAACUACAGAACAUCAGGAAAGUGGUGCACAUCAAGAGAUCAGUGAAGCAAGAUCUGCUCAAAACGAAUCUGUCUGUAUUUUACACCUGGACAUCACCACCAGUCCUAAGGUCAUCGACAACAUGUGUGUCACAGGAGAUAAGCCCACUAAGGAGUCUGCUGAAUCAAAUGGACAGGGAGGUAUUGAUAAAAACACUUCAGCUGAGGCCAAGCCUUUUGUGUGUGAAGAGGUUUUGGAAAACUUCACAGAAUUUAUUGAAAUAAGCUUAAUUGAGCGAGACCAAAAUCAUCCGAUUGAGGCCAACCUGGAAAACACGCAAAGUAUUCCAGAUGAACAUCCCGCUCUUCUGACAUCUCUGGUUGAUUCAGAAUCUGGCAACUUGGAAAAUUCUCAAUUGCUGAGUGAAGUUCGUGUUCUACAGCUAGAGAUACAGACUGGUCCAGAAGACAGUGAAGCCACCUUGAACCAAGAAAGAAUAGAGACACUCAUAGAUGUCACUGAAACACCUACCCAGGAUGAAGAAAUUUUAGUUAUCCCACAGGAAACUGCCACUGAGACCAGCGUUACCGAAAAUAUAGGUGAUGUUUCACAAGGUGAUUCUGUGAAACUCAGUUGUUCUGUUUAUGAGUCAAUAAAACCACAUGAGACCAGAGUCAUUGAAAUAAGCUUGACUGAUAAGGACAUACAUUCAAGCAAAACUGAGACAACAAUAGAACUUUGCACAAUAGAACAACAAAGACCUGGGCUUCCAGAAAGGACAACACCAGAAAGUUUUGAUGGAAACUCAGAGGAGGGGGAAAUGACUUGCAUGGAAUCUAAAGAGCAAGUAACUUCCCAAACCAGUGAGGAGGAGCAUGAGAACAUUUUAGAUGUGCCAAUAAUAGAUAAAACAAGAUGGAAAACACAACCAACCUGUUCCACAUGGAAAGAGAAUAUGCCUCAGAGUGACUCCUCUCAACAUAGCUCUGCACAGUUCCAGUCAAGUGAUGCCGACAUGGCACUGGAGGAAAAAAUGGUCAUGGAGAAAGAUUUCCUUAGACCACAAGAAGGGAUUACUCAAGACCUUUCAAAAACUAUACAAGAAAGACCCGGAGACCUCCCUCCAAGUCCUAAAGGUACAGAGUUGCUGAUUUCAAACCCAGACACUCAGAUGCCAAAAGAUACCUCAUCCGUUAUAAUAACAGACAUGCCAAACACUAAUCCAAAUGACACAAGUAUUCAGAGCACAAAAGAGAUAGAAAUAGAAGAUCUGCAUUCUUACGAUAUUGACCAUGAAGAGUUGACAGUGGUAGAAACAGAUGCAGCACAGCAGGGGCAGCAAAGAUCAGCUGAAACUGUGAGAUCUGAAAACAAUAGGAAGGAAGAAAGGCAAGAUGACGCUCAUCCAGAGUCUCUCAAAGGUGCAUCGCCUGGAGAAGUUCAGGACCACCGUAUUACAGAGCAGCCCUCUACAUCAUUCAUACAGGAGACAGAGACUUUUUCUGGGACGCUUGCUGAAAACAGAGAAAUCCUUUUCAGUAAGUUUGAAGUUCAAACUGUAGAAAUUCAAAAGUAUCCAGAGAUGGAGCCAACUAUAAAGUCUGUGAAGGACUGUGAAAAUAAAGUGCUUAAAGAAGCUGCUAGAGAAACCUCUGCCUCGUUGGAGUCUGAACACAGUUUGGUCCUUAAGGUCAAAGAGGAUGAAAAGUCAACAGAUGAAGGAGAAGAAAUUAUUCAACAAGUUGAGAGAGAGCCUGAAGAAAGACAUGUCAAUCUCGAGGUUCCACUCCAAACUACUGAUGAUGAAGUAGAACCUCUGGAUGAGAAGUCAAAGGAAGAAGAAACCCAAACAUCUGAGAAACCUUAUCUGAAGGAACCUGAGAGGACCAUUGUAGACAACAUCUUCUCAGAAAUGCAACGACUCAGUAGGACAGAAAUCAUCCCGCAACUCAGCAAGGAUGAAUUGCAGAAGAAUGUCCCAGAAGAACUGAACACCUCCGCCAGAGAUCUGGGUCUUCAGCUCAGCAGACUCGCCUCCAAUGUCCUUCACAUUAAAAACAGUCCCACUGAUCUUAGCCUGGAGGCCAUGCAGCAGCAGGUGGAGGAGCUCCAGAAAGGAUUAGAGCUGUCCAAGCUUCAGAGUUCACUACUGCCACAGCUGGGAGAAGCAGACGCCAUUAGAGGGAAUGUUCUGGAGGACCUAGAGGACCAGUGGGCUACUGUGGCAGAAGAAGCAGCUGCUGCUAUCCAGAUUAAAGAGGCUCAGUUGCAGCUUGUGGCUGAUUACUGCAGGCAGAGGGCAACAGCAAAAAUGAUGCUGAAUGGACUUAAUGCAGAAAUCGUUACCAUUAAAAUGUCCCCAGAAGACAGCAGCCAGAAGCAGGCAGAGCGAAUAUGCUGCUUCCAGAGAAGGAUGGAGGAGAACAGAGUGAUGCUUGGGGAGUUGCUGAUAAAACAGGCAGAGAUUUGUCUCCACCUCAGUCCAACGCAUCAAGAAAGUGUUCAGAUUGAGAAAAACAACCUGCUGGAAACAUGGAAGUCUCUAGAAAGGACGGUGGAGAGCAGUCUUUAUCAUGCAAACGUCUAUUCUCAACACAUCAACACUCUUCUAGCAGAUCUGAAUGGUUUGCUGGAGCGCGUCGAUCCAAUCUGCAAAGACCUUCAAGUCAAAAGUUCUUCAUUUAGUCUGUGGAGUUGCAAGGAAGCCCAACACCUGAUGGAGGCAAAUGCUGAGAUUAAAGCAGCCAAGCAGCAAUACCUUCAUUUACAGCGAAUGUCAGAGGAGUUAGUUCACAACUCUCAGUGGGGUCAGGAUUCAGAGGAGGUAACCAACAAGCUCCAAGAGGUGCAAAACAAGCUGUGCCUCACAGAGGAGCUGCUAUCCUCUCAGACAAAGAACAGCAGCAGCCCUGUUAUGGAGAAAAUGGUUGCUGUGAUGACACAUGGCCUGGCAUGGGCCAAGCAGACAGAGAGGGACAUUGAGGGUCGGAGGAGGUGGGUGCCAUUACUUCCUGAAGAGGUUCACCGGCAGCUCAAUGACCUAAAAAAGCUUCAGUCUGAAGUGACGGCAAAACAAGGCCAGCUGGAGCUACUGGUGGAGGAAGUGACUGAACUGCUUCCUCAGCUUGACCAGGCUCAGGAGGUGCCAUUUGUACAGACUUCUCUUACAGGCCUUGAAGAGCUUUCAAAGUCCACCACAGCCAAGCUGUCCAAAGCUAUCAAGGAGGUGGAGUCUGGACUCCAGAUCAGAGAGAAGCUCUCUGAGCAGAUGGCUGAGUUGGACUCCUGGGUUGGGUCUUACCUGCAAUCAGAGGUCUCCAGGAGCACAAAGAGAGAAGCUAUUGGCCACAGUGAUAUGGAUCAGGAAGUUCUCCAGGUCCAAGAAGGCCUGGCUGAGGCGGAAAGGCAGGCAGCCAUCUGUGAGGCUCUGCUCAUGACCAGCAAAGACAUCGCAGUGGAACUCAGUGCGAUGGAGAACUUCCAGCUUUUUGACAAGAUCUGGAGGCUUCAGGAAGAUGUCAGAACCAUCAUCAGCCAUGAGAAGAACCAGAAAGAGCAGCUGGAUCAUCUCCUCAUGGCUGCAGAGUUAAGAAGGAACUCUUUAGACAGUAUUGAUAAAAGUCUGAGGCAGAUGUUAGCCGAGAUGAGCGGACUGAAGUUUCCCAUCACCAAAGAAUCCCUGAAACUCUUAAAGCCUCUAAAACUCAAGCUUUCAGAACACAAGUCCCAGGUGGACCUCCUGAUCCCGUGGACUCCUCCAGAGAAGCUCAAGGAAACAAACGAUGCAUUCUCUCAAGUUCAGAGCAAAAUAGCAUCAUUAGAAAUGAAAUCCAAGGACCAUGAGAAUUACCUGAACAUGAAGCAGCGUUUGGAGACGGUGAAGGAGGACAUCCAGCAGCAGGUUCUCCUGACCAGCGAUGACAGCAGGGAGUUGAUGGACCGCUACAGAAGGUGCCUCAGCCUCUUCCUCCAGUUUCCUCAAAUUAAAGGACUGUGUGAGGAGGCCCGCUCCAACCUUGACUUGAUCUCUGCAGACCUUUAUUCCUCACAGCUGGUUGCUGAGCAACAGACCAUUAGACAAACCGAGGAAGUCCUGAACGCCUUGGAGAUCACUCUCAGCAACAAUCUGGGUCUCAUUGAACUAGAUGCGCUCAAAGGGCUGGACCUUGAAUCAGUGAGGAACUCCACUCAGGACUUCCUCUGGAGGAUCCUCAAAGAGCUUCAGGGCGCUCCUACGUUGGAGCCCAGCCAGGUGACUGUGGAGAGGGAAUACUGGAGACUCCUGUCUCUGAAAAAGGCCACAGAGCUGCAGAUGAGGGCGCUGCAGGUCCUGGAGCAAAAAGACGGUGGCGACCAGAGGAAGCAGGAACUGAUGGACUUAAAGAAUUCCGUCUUAAAAGAAUGGAACUCCAAAAUGGAGGAAGUUGUGAAAACCAGAGAGAGCUGGAGGAGCUACACCCUGACAGUGAAUAGAGCAGCUCAGUUCCUGCAUGACAUCGAGGUGUCUCUGCUGCCUCUGCACGGUUCUACCGGGCCAUGUUAUGAAUCCCAGGAGGAGACCCAGGAGGCUUUGACCUCCCUGCAGAAUCAGUUUCAGAGCCACAUUGAGAAGCUUCAGGAGCAGGAGGUGGUGCAGACCUGUCUGUCUCCACAGAAGCUGGAGCAGCUCCAGGAAACGAUCCUCAGCCAGCUCCUGGUUCGGAUGUCCACACUGCUGGCAAAAGGACACAUUAGACUGGAAAAUCUCUCCAGGUGUGCAGAGCAUUACAGAAGCUACAGAAGGUCAGAAGAUGAAACCAUGGAGCUUGUUUCCCAGGUAACAGAGAGACUCCUCCAGCAGAUGUCCCAGAAGGUCACCUGUCUGUCUGACUGCACUGACCAGGUGGAAACACUCACAGCGCUGUGUGACGAGAUGGAGUCCAUCCUGAGGCGUCUGGAGAACAUGACAGAGUGGUGCUCAGAAACGAGCUGUCGAGGAGGUCGGGAGGCUAAGAUGGCCGCUGUCUGGAGAUGGAUGUCACGAUUACAUAGCGGCAUGCAAAAGCUGACAGCUCGCAGUAAAGGACGAGUCACAGAGUGGAUGGACGUCACCAACAACGUGGAAAAAGCCUCUGCUGUGUUGGAGAAGGUGGAGGCAGAGCUUCCUUGUGCCUCUGAGAUGGAGGCCUCCACCGAGGAGCUCCAGGAGCUGCUGCAGUCCUGGGAACAGUUCCAGGAAAGGCUGGACUAUGAACACAGAGCCCUGUCUGCUCUGGAGCUGCGUGCAGCCAGGCUGCUGGGAGUCCCCGCCCAUUUGGAGCAGGCUCCUCCCAUUCCCCUCUGUCAGCACCUUCAGCUGAUGCAGAGGCGAUACAGCAGGGCGGGGCAGAAGAGCAAAGAGGGCUUACUGGGUACCAGACGGGAGCUGGAGGAGAGGGAAAAGCUCAGAGAAGAUCUGCAGCUUCUCCGUGUUUGGCUGGACACUGCAGAGACUCGGCUGUCAGAGAUGGAAGAGGGCAGCGGCUCACAGCAGCUUCAGGAGUUGUAUAGAGAAAUGUCUGCCCACAAGGCCAUCCUACAGCACAUUACGGACAGUAUUAGGACAAAGUAUGCUCUGGUUCCCACUGAGAUUGACGGUCAACUGCAGGAAAUCACGAAGUCGCUGCAUCAAGUGGACACAAAGGUAGCAGAGGCUGUGGAGAGGAGUGGUCCUGUUCAAAGACUGGGGACCAAGCUGUCUGAUGUCCUGGCUGGCCUGACAUCCGUUCAGGACAGAAUGAAGGACAGGAGCCCCACUGUGGUUGAAGCAAAGGUGAAACAGAAGCGUGUUUGGGAUGAGCUGGAUGUUUGGCACUCCAGACUGGCAGCACUAGAAGUGGAGAUGCAGGAUUUGGAGACGCCACAGGAGAUGCUGGUCCUCACAGAGAAACUGGUGGAGGUCCAGCAGCUUCACUCCCAGGUAGCCAAACAGGCGGAGCAGAGGACAACUCUACUCAGCAAGAUACAGACGUGGCUUCGGGAGCACCAAGAAAUGAUCAAGAGCUCAAAGACCUGGAUAAUUGAGGCUCAGUCGUGGCUUGCCGCUCCCUGCACCUACACCACGGCUAAAUGUCUCAGCAGCCAUGUUCACGCUCUGCAGAUUGUGCUGGGUGAUUCGUCCCAGAUCCGAUCCACGCUGCAGGGCUUCAGCUCCGUCCUGAAGGAGAUGUCCCAGGUCUGUGAUGUCACCGCUCUCCAGGACCAGCUGCUGGAAGCAGACCACCGAGUGGCUGAAGUUCAGGACAGCUUCACAGCUCCUCUGUCUCAGCUGGAGCACGCCGCCGCUGAGGUGGAGGCCAUAGAAGAUGAAGUACGGCGGAUGGACGGCGAUGUUGCUGAGAUCAAGGUGCUGCUCUCAUCUCCAGAGACGUUUCCCAGCCCCAGGGAGGAUAACCUGAAAAUGAUCGAGCAGAGGAUCCAGUCAAUGAGAAGAACAGUAGCUGAGAUCCAGAAGUGCAAACCAGGCCUUUGUCUCCCUGAGAAGGCGGAGGAGACGCUGACUGUCUUCAGUGUGGUGGAGCAGCUCCAGACGCUGCUCCUGGACCUGGAGAAGAAGGUGCCGGCCCUGUUCCUCCAGCAGCCUCCCAGUCAGGCCAAAGAGACACAAGAACUCCACCCACCCACAUCUGAGAAGGAGGAGCAGGGCCAGAUUACAGUGGUUCAUUUUGAGGAGGACAUCCUGAGCAGAUCUGGAGGAACUCUGCAGACUGUGAAGCAGGCUUCUCCUGAAGAGAGACGGUCCAGGAGCCCCGACAGCAUUCCGCAGCAUCAUCAUGGUGAGCUCCCGGCUGAAGAAGCUGGCCGUGAGGAGCAGAGCGCAGCAGAUGAUGGAGGAGGUGUUUUUUGGUGGCUCUGGGAAUCUUUCCUGGGGUUCUCACCUGAGGUUGCUGCCUCUGAGGGGAGGGGAGCCAGGACUGAACCAGACGCUGAUAUAACUGCAGAGCUUGGAAAGGAUGUUGAGAUCUCCACUGGCUCCACAGAAGCAAGUUCAUCUGCAGCUUUGUCCAAACCUCUGGGUACAGUCCGGACCCAGUCAGUGUCUGAGAGCGUGGUCGACACAUCCUCCACUGUCAACAUCUCCAGGACAGACUCCAGGGCCCAGCAGAGAUGUGUGGUUUCCUAGAUCUAGGCCUCAUAACCUCCCACUCUGAUUCUCCUCCUGGUGUCUUAAAAUGUGUGAUGCCAUUUAGAUUACACAUUCACCUUAGAACUAUCAUUUUCUUCUUAAAACCAGCUCCAACACUUCCAACACUGUUAGAGACCUAGUUAAAGGUGGACCUGCCAACAUCUGGUCUGUUUGUUUCAUUUCUAUUUAGAAUCUGCCAUAGAAACCACUGGAGCUUCCACCUGUCUUUUUACACUAGCUUAGAUCUAACUAGAGCCGGGCAAGGAUUUCUUUCUACAUCCCAUUAUGUUUGAACCCAAAGGCUUGCAGCCAUGAGGAGGUUUUCUACAUUGAAAGUCCUUUAAAUCCAAGCCUUUAUCUUUCACCCUGCAUUAGAACUGCUUCUUUGUUUUAAGAAUGCCGUGAUAUUCUUUGACAUGUUUUGGAAUCUACUUUUGUUUCUGAAAUCCUAAUUUUAUGAGCAAAGCAGGGAUGUAUUCAUGCAGCCUGAUCUAGUCCGAUCUGAACUGGCCCAGUCUGAUCCAGUCCGGUCUGAUCCAGUCCAGUCUGAUCCAGUCCAUUCCGGUCUUGUCCAGUACAAAACGCUAUAUUAAAAAUUAUAAUCUAUUUGUUGAAGGUGAUUAUGGGGGGAUGGAUAGGUGUUGUAUUUAUUUUUUCCUGGGAAAUAUCUGUGAGAAACCAAUCAGUGUUUUAAGGAACCUGGAAUCUGGUCUGCUGAUCCAUUAGGGUGACAUUAGUUAAACCAAACAGGUUAGAUCUUUAUAAGAUAGACUUCACCAGAGGGAGAGCUGUGGUCUUUAGGUAAUCUCUUCCUUCUGGUCUGUCGGUCUAAAAUCUCUAUUAACCCGGUCAGAGCUUUAACCUGACAGCAGAUAGCUGAAUAUGCUCUAUUAUUAGGAGGAGUGUUUUAGGACUGGACUGAGGUGGGAGGAGAUGGAAACCAAUGAAGUACUUCUUUCCUGUGUGAGUCCAUGUAGGGGCUGAUCUACUGCUAACUUAGUAACUCAGUAUUUAACCUUAAAUAGAGUGAAGGAUCCUGUGGUACCAAACAGAUGAAGCUUCGAUGGUGUUCGCCAUGCAGGGCGGGGUCUGUGUGAUGAUGGGGAGGAAGUUUCCUGGGGAAAUGUUUCAUAAUGUAUAUUAGACAGAUUGCUGUGAUGUUUAACCCAUUGACCUUUAAUUUUCUUUUCUUAUUGAUCUGUGGGUACAGAGAGAAUUUGUAACAAUAAACCUUUCUUUAUAUCGGUCUGCUGUUUGUGAAUAAUUAAUAAGUGGAUUUGUUUCCUUCAGAGGCCAUUCAUUCAUUAAAUGUGUUUUUCUCAAUGCUAUCAGCUCCGCUUCUGUUUGACCAAUCAGAUUUCCCUCCUUUGAUUCAUACACAGUGACUGAUGUGAUUGUUGGCCAUGAAAUGCUGCCAUUUUACCUGAUUAAUAAGAUUAAUAAGCUGCUGUUGGUGAGUGAAGUUAACACAGAUGGCGCCGACUUCCAUCUUCAGAUGGUUUUUGCUUUGAUGCAUCAGUAAUGUCUGUGUUUCAUGCAGCUGUUGGUCCUGCUUUGGUUCGCUCCGCUUCACUACCCAAACAAGAAGCUCAAUAAACCUGCUUCA